AUGGUAGAAAUAGGUCUGUCAGUACUUCCUAGCAAGAUAGACCCUUGUAUGAAAUCUAAACUGGCUACAGUCCAGCUAGAUGAACAUGAAGUUUCCAUUUAUGACCUGAAUGGAGAUAUGAAAGACCAAGAAAUGUGGCCCAACUACUAUACACAGGCACAUGGGCUUGUUUUUGUCCUGGAUUCCAGCUACCUAAGACACAUGCAGGAAGUAAAGAUCGCCUUAACAAGUCUGCUGUCUGGUACAAGAGUGGCAGGGAAACCCAUCCUACUGUAAGCCUCCAACUUUAUAGCAAACAGGCAAGACAAGAAGAAUGCCCUCUUACCUUGUGAUAAUUAUCUAUUUCUGGAAGGGAUACUGAAUGAGAACAAGUCCAUGUGCCAAGUAGAAUACUGUUCAGCUAUCAAAAACCUCCAAAGAAGGAACAAUCAGCCUAUAAUUGAAGGGUUGUGCUGGCUGUUAGCAUUCAUUGAGAAUAAACAGGAAGAGCUGUGUACUUGCCAAAAGUCACUCCCCUCAAGUAUCCCAACCUCUAAGAACACCACAGGCUUCGAGGAAAGAUAUGUAUCAGACAGAUUCCCUGCCAGUAUAGAAAUGUCUGAAGAAAAAGAACAGCCUCUAGGACAACAUUCAAUGGAAUCUAGGCUCCUAAAGCCAAUUCUACAGCCCUCAGCAACUUAUACUGAUGAUAAUGAUUAUGAUGAUGAUGAUGAUCUUUUUGAAGAACCCAGCCCAAAAAAGAGAAUGACUACCUGGGAAAUGGAGGAGAUGGUGCUGGAAGAUGUCUAUGAAGACAUCUUUGAAACCUGUGGUUAG